AUGGCACCGGCUUUCACUCUGUAUGGAGCUCGCGGCUCAACCAACACCGAUCGAGUCCGUCUGACGCUCUCCGAGGGCGGCUUCACCGAUUACGAGCUUGUGCUUGUCAACCUGCAGAAGGGGGAGCAAAAGUCCCCUGAGAACAUGAAGCGUCACCCGUGGGGCAAGAUCCCCGUUGUUACCUUCCCUGACGGCUUUACUCUCUACGAGAGCCGCGCAAUCUGCAAGUACCUUGCCAAGAAGUACUCCUUCCCACUCUUGCCAACGGACUCCGACGCCGAGGCCACGGCGCUCUUUGACCAGGCGCAGUCGGAAGAAAUGCACUAUUUUUCUGACCCCGCUGGUAAAAUUGGCUUUGAGAAGUUCGCCAAGAAGUUCAUGGGACUGCCUGCCGACGAGGCUGUCGUUUCAGCUGCCCUGAAGUCGGUUGAGAUGUUUUUUAAUGUGGCAGAAGGUCUUCUGCAAAAACAAGAGUAUAUGGCUGGGAAGGAUUUUACUCUGGUGGAUAUCUACUACAUCCCCAUGAUUCAAAGACUUUUUGCGUGCGGGUAUGGGGAUGUCAUCCAAAGUCGCAAGGCUGUAAGCGCGUGGUGGGACCGCGUUAUCAACAGGCCAGCGAUCCAGAAGCUGCUGGCUGCUGACAAGGAAGCUAUGGCUGCUGCACGUAAAUAG